GUUGCCGGCCGCCGAGCACCGCGCCGCCUCCUCGCGCUCGCAGACCGGAGAGCCCACCCCGCGGCGGUCGCCGGCUCCCGGACGCACCUCCCGCGGACGCCCACCCCAGAUGUGAAGCGGGACCGCAGCCCCUCGCCGCCCCCCACCCUGCCGGCGCCCAUCGACAGAGUCUUGCCAGCGUCUCCUGUGCCCAACGCCGCGGCUGGAAGAUGUGGCAGCCGGCCACGGAGCGCCUGCAGCACUUUCAGACCAUGCUGAAGUCUAAGUUGAAUGUCCUAACACUGAAAAAGGAACCUCUGCCAGCAGUCAUCUUCCAUGAGCCAGAGGCCAUCGAGCUGUGUACGACCACGCCCCUGAUGAAGACCAGGACUCAGAGUGGCUGCAAGGUGACCUAUCUGGGUAAGGUGCCCACCACAGGCAUGCAGUUUUUGUCAGGCUGCACGGAAAAGCCCGUCAUCGAGCUCUGGAAGAAGCACACAUUAGCCCGAGAAGACGUCUUUCCAGCCAAUGCCCUCCUGGAAAUCCGACCGUUCCAAGUGUGGCUCCAUCACCUGGACCACAAAGGGGAGGCCACGGUGCACAUGGAUACCUUCCAGGUGGCCCGCAUCGCCUACUGCACCGCCGACCACAACGUGAGCCCCAACAUCUUCGCCUGGGUUUACAGGGAGAUCAACGACGACCUGUCCUACCAGAUGGACUGCCAUGCCGUCGAGUGUGAGAGCAAGCUGGAGGCCAAGAAGCUGGCCCACGCCAUGAUGGAGGCCUUCAGGAAGACUUUCCACAGUAUGAAGAGCGAUGGCCGGAUCCACAGGAACAGCUCCUCGGAAGAGGUGUCCCAGGAAUUAGAAUCUGACGAUGGCUGAGUGAACUGAGAGAGCUUCAGCAGAGGCAGCAUUGGUCAAGGAAUUCAAGACGACAGACGGAUAAGCGAUGAUUCAAAUUUGGGAUGAAAAGACUGCCAAAUUAUUGGCCGACCAAGCUUUUUAAAUUCAGAAGAGCAAUUCUAAAUCUAAAGAAAUGUAUUAUUAAAGUAAUUACGUUUCAUUGAAAUCUGCUGCUGCUGUGACUAUGAGGAGGGUGGGAGUGUGGAUGGGGAGGGAAGUUCUAGACUUUUCUUCUUCUUUUUUUGGCUCGUUUUCCAAUGCCUCCAUUGUAGGAGUUCUCCAUGCCGGUUUCUCGCCACUCUCGGGCAAAUAUACUGCGGUUGUUAUUCAAUGCACCAUUCCAACUUGCCUUAUGAAACCCAACAAAAAUGUUAGAUGCACCUAUAGAAUCCCUGGUUGUGGGGGGAGAUGGUGAGUGCUUCUGCUGGCGAGGAGGCCUCUGGGCUAAAGGAACAAUGCAGAGCUCCUCUCCCCUGGCUGGUUUCAGAUUCUCUCCUCAGUAGGCAAGUCAGCACAGCUUUAUUGAGCUUUAUAACUAACAACCUGAUAGUUGGCAGUUAAUUCACAGUUAAAGGCGAUGCUUUUAUUACACAUAGUGUAUCCAGUAGCACCCUCUUCUUAUUGUAUUCACUUCAUCUAUUUUCUUAGAAUACUUGCAACUACUAAUAGCCCCUUUCCUCCGCCUGCCCCAUCCAUCCUCUCUGCCCUUCCAGUUCACUACACUAUCCCUACAGGAUUGCAGUCUCAACCGACAUGGCAGGACAUCAAAAGGGAAGACAAUAAUAACCAACGCAGUGAAAGAAUCAGUCAAACAAAGUGGGAGCUUCAAACCACCACCACCACCACCACAGAAAGUUCGGAAAAAGGGAAUGAGUAAUCAGCGAAUAUACAAAGCCCAUGUGGGCUGUCCUUUCUUCAACUGCAACUUAUGGUAACUUAUUUAGUUGAUGGUCCUAUCUGAUGACUCUUUCAUGGCAAGCUUCAUAUCUGAGCUGGUAUCGCUAAGGAAGCGUUGACCCAUCACUCAACAUGGCACUUGAGUAGGGAACGGAUUCUAUAAAUCAGACUUAUCCAGAGAACCUAUGUUCAUCCACAAGGGAAAUCUGACCUUCUCUUCCGAUUGGAUUGAUCUCUUAGGGUCAGAGUUGCUGGUUUGUUGGGUAUUUCUAAUGAGAACUUCUCACAAAGACAGUCUGAGUUUUCUUGGUUUGAUGGAUCUUUAAAUAUCACAAAUGCAAAGAAUCAACAUUGAGUGACUGAAAGUAUUGGUGAAAAUCCACGCAUUUAAGGCCGAGAGCAGAUGAACAGUUUUCCAGGUGCUGCUGCUCCUUUCUGAGAGUCUGUUUUGAAUCCUGGUAACCAUGUCAGGGGCCCUGGGGCACCUUACAGAAGCCUUAAAUGAGAGUUUAUAGAAUCCAGAGAGCAGUGGUGUCGGUGUUUUGGUCUGUGUAUCUGUGUGUCCGUUUAUGCAUUUGUGUGUGUGUAACGUGUGCCCCCGAGCGUGGGUCCCAUCCUAAGGCAUGUAGAAUAAGCAUGGAGUUGUAUUGAGGGGAGCACACCUCCUGGAGAUCCGCUUGCUGCUUCACGACAAAUGUAAACUACUCUUUAGCAUAAAUGCAUUCAUUCUUUAAUAAAAAAUAUGUUUGCAUUAAAAAA